AUGUGCGCCGCUGCCGGCGGGUCGCCACCGUCUCCGGAGCAUGAGCCCCUGCCAGUGCCGGCCGUGUGGCCCUUCCCGCCGCCGGAGUACCGGAUGCAGCACUGGUGGCCCGGGAUCCAGGCGAUCGAGCGGUCGACCGAGGGGUCUUUUGGGAUUUUAAUUGUGGACUUCCGGGAUUCCGGCCCGGCGGCCCAGCUGGCCGGGCCCCAGCGCGUGGCCUUGCGAACGUCGUCCAGCAUCCGAGCGGAGUUCAUGGCGGCCCGGCUGGCCAGUUGCCUGGCCCUGGUGUACCCCCAGUGGGAGCUCCUCACCCGGGAGUCGGACGUAUUCGGCGCCUGCGAGUGGGCCACCCUGGCGACAUACUGCCUGCGCUUUUCCGCCCGGUCGGUGGGCUACUCGGCGGAGGAGGUACGCACGGGGGGGGGGGCCGCCCACCCCGGGGGGCGGUGUUUGCCGCCACGAUGA